ACCCAUUCCACAUACCGCACCGCCGGUAUGUACAUACGAUCGAAAUGUCAAUGUCAGCAGAGGUAAAGAAAAGUUUUAAUAUCGAGAGGAGUUGAAAAUUUUAGAAUAACAUCGUAAAAAUGUCGCUGUUGCUACAAAAUGCUGCAAGGGGAUGCAUCAACACAUUGCAGACGAACCUCAACAGAUUCACCAAUUUUAUUGUCAAGCGAGACAAGUACAAAUACACUGCUCCGCGACUACGCAAUCCCGUUUGGUUCGUUCGAAAAGCCCGAACGAUUCAUGACGAUUUCAUAACGGCUGAAAAUCAAAAAUUCAUCAAAGAAGUUUUGUCGGACAAAUUCGGGCCGCCGUCAUUGAUCAAAGGAGUGGAGACUUUUCAAAACAGUGUUCCUGCUGGACCGAUUGAACAACUAGUUGAAUCUAGAGUUAAAUGGCGCAAAGGCUUGUAUAGAAGCGGUGCUAUUGGUAGGAAAAUUGGCCAUGUUCCAUUAUGGCUGAAAGAUGGAACAAGAAUAGUGACAACAAUGAUACAGAUUGUUGACAACCAUGUCAUUAAAUACACACCACCGGAACUAUCCGCACCAGUAGCGCAACGAGCUGUACAACCAAAGAAAAGAUACGGUUGUCUCUUGAUUGGAGCUGAAAGUACCGAUCCAUCGUAUCUCACGAAAGACUACUGCAAUAUCUUCAAGGAUUCGGGCGUUAUGCCGAAGAAAUUGCUGUCACGCUUUUUCAUCUGUCCAGAAGCGUACAUACCACCUGGUACACCAAUAAAUGCCAGCCAUUUUCGCGUUGGUGAUUACGUAGACGUGCGCGGAAGAACCAUUGAUCGUGGAUUUCAAGGCGUUAUGAAACGGUGGGGCUUUAAAGGUAUGCCAGCUACGCACGGUGUUACAAAGACACAUCGUCGAGGCGGUAAUGUUGGCGCUGGUGGCAAUAAGGCUCGAAUAUGGCCCGGAACAAAAAUGCCCGGUCACAUGGGUAAUCGGAGUCGAACGGCAAGAGGCUUGAAAAUUUGGCGCAUCAAUACAAAAUACAACGUGCUGUGGGUGAGCGGUUGUGGUAUACCGGGCGCAACCAAUAGUUCGGUGACCAUUUACGAUACCAUUUUACCGUUGCGCCGCUUGAAGGAAUCUCCACCAUUUCCUACAUCCACGUCAGAGUAUGAUGAAGCCUUGCCGGAUGACAUUUGGUCAGAUGAGUUACAUGACUUCAGAGAUGCAACCAUUUUCUAUAAGCCAGAAUAAAUAGUAAUUUGUACGAUAGUCGAUUAA